CUCCGCGUUGGGAGGUGCUCUGUCCUUUCUACUUCCAAGUUCCAAUUCACAUUCUUCCUUUACACGUAAAUCCCAAUUUUGAAAUUCAAAAACCCUAGAAAUCGAAUUAACCAUCCGAAUGUGACGCAGAUUCAGCAAUGGGAACUCCAUCAUCAAAUCCUCUCUUCAUCUUCUUCCUUUUCUUCUUCCUUUUCUACUCCUCUGUAUCACUUAAUCCUUCAGAUUUGGCUUUCGAAUCGACCUACGCUCGCCUCUGCAACCACCAUGUCCCUGCACCGGCGUCCCGUUCCGACGAAGGAACCGUCCCCGGCAUCGCCGACGAACUCCGGUUCCAAUCCGGCUACUUCGCCGGCGGUGACCACUUCUUUAACCGAUCCGUCACCACGAAGAAUCACGCGUCGUUUCGCGUGACCUCCGUUCGCCGAAGCGCGAGUGACGGCGUGUUCGAAUUACGCGGGCGAAUGCUUCUUCAGCAGCGAAGAGGAGCGACGCCGGCGCCGGGAAGGUCGCUCCGGCAGGUUUAUCCGGGCCGGAGAGUGUCGCAUUGGGGAGUUUUGCAGUGGAUGCGCGUUUCUCUGAGUGGAUUUUGGUCGCAAUCUUCUGGUAACCUUUGUAUGUUCGGAAUAGGAUCAUCUCAUGUUAAGAUGCGAAAUGCUAAUGUUGUUCUUAAGCUUCGUUACCCUAGAGAUUUGAGCCUUUUGGAUUGUUUGAUAAGCGGAACACUAGAAAGCUUUGAUGACAAGAAUAAUUUGCAAUAUUUUGAACCUAUUUCGAUAUUGGCUUUGUCUCAGAGUUCGAAUUACAAGUUUACAAUGGCUGGGAAUGAAAAGGAUAAUGGUUGUGGAGGUGGAUCUGAUGGGGAGGGUUUGUCCCUUGGAAACUUUAGCCAAGGUGCCUGCACUACUUUUCUUGGACACACGGAUAGGUUUGAAUUGGAAUAUGGGAGUCACUGUGGUAAUGGUAGUUGCAAUCCUGUUGGUGGUAAUGGAGAAUUGCCUAAUUUUAUGCUUUUUCACGCCACUCGAUGUGUGGAGAGGCAGAAGGUUCAGAUGCUGGUGGGUUUCCCUGAUUCCGGCUACCAGGAUGCUGUGUUUCCAUUUCAUCCGAAUACGACGUUGGUUUCUGAGGGGAUGUGGGAUGAGAAGGAGAAUCGACUAUGUGCAGUUGCAUGCCGGAUCUUGAACUUCACGGAAUCUUUGGUUAAUCCUUAUGUUGGAGAUUGCAAGACUAGGCUCAGUUUAAGGUUUCCUGCAGUUUUAUCUUUGAGGAACAGGAGUACGGUUUUGGGGCAGAUUUGGAGUGACAAAGUGGUUGGUGAAUCCGGGUACUUCAGUAAAGUUGGAUUUCAGGGUUCGUCUAGGGUAUCAAAAAGCCUCCAAGGUUUCCUAUACAAGUAUGCUGAUACUGAGAGGGUGAGAAAAUCUUGUGCGGAAAAGAUGAAUGCUAAAGGGAAGGGAAAUACAUAUCCGGAUGGAUAUUCUUCUGAUAUGGCAUUUAGCAUGUUAGUGACAAACAGCAGAGGGCAAGUGGCUCAAGGUUACUCAUCACCACUAUCUGUCUGUGAUCAAAUUUAUAGUGGACAGUCGUAUGGGGCUCCAUUUGUGUUGACAACGGGAAAGCCAAAAGCACAUGCUACUCAAUCAGAUAAGUACAGCAAUUUGUUGAAUGUCAGCUAUACGAUAAGCCUUAAUCCCCCUCCUGAUUUCAAGUUUGGCAGAGGAGUCUCAUCAACCAAAGUCAAAAUUGGGGCUGAAGGAAUUUACAAUAGGAAUACUGGUGUUUUGUGUAUGAUAGGAUGUCAGCAUUUGAGAUCAACAGACAAAAUACUGAUAAAGAAUGAGACUCUGGACUGUGAAAUCAUGGUUAAUGUCCAGUUUCCUCCAUUGAAUGCAAAAGGAGGUGAAUCUCUUACAGGAACUAUAGAAAGCACACGACAAAAGUCAGACCCUUAUUAUUUUGAUCCGCUUCAGUUGUCUUCAUAUUCCAUUUACAGAAACCAAGCUGAUGCUUCCAUUUGGAGAAUGGAUUUUGAGUUAAUUAUGGUAUUGGUGUCAAACACACUGGCCUGUGUGUUUGUAGGAUUGCAACUUCUCCAUGUGAAAAAGCACCCGGAUGUCCUUCCUUACAUUUCUGUUGUGAUGCUUGCAGUUAUUACUCUAGGUCACAUGAUUCCCUUGAUAUUGAACUUCGAAGCUUUAUUCAUGGCAAACCAUAGUGUGCAGAAUACUUUUCUUGGGAGUGGAGGUUGGCUUGAAGUGAAUGAGGUAGUUGUGAGGAUGGUGACAAUGGUAGCCUUUCUUCUAGAGUUGCGCCUUGUACAAUUGACCUGGUCCUCAAGACAGGGUGAGGGAAGCCAUCCCGGUCUGUGGGAUUCUGAAAAAAAAGCUCUUUAUAUCACUCUACCAUUGUACAUUGGUGGUGGAUUGACUGCUUGGUUGGUGCACAUAUCGAAGACUUCUCAUCAAAAAAGAUUUAGACCAUUUCGGCUUUCACGCCACAAGUUUAGUCUUCCUCGUGAACAUUUUUACCGACCUCCUUCCCUCUGGGAAGACUUUAAAUCUUAUGCUGGUUUGCUCCUGGAUGGUUUUCUGCUCCCUCAGAUUCUGCUUAACAUAAUAUUAAACUCAGAAGCGAAAGCUCUAGCAUCUUCCUUUUAUGUUGGGACAACCAUUGUUCGUAUACUGCCCCAUGCAUAUGAUCUUUAUAGAGCGCACAGUUCUGCAUGGUACCUUGAUUUAUCAUAUAUAUAUGCAAAUCAUAGAAUGGAUUUUUAUUCCACAGCCUGGGACAUCAUAAUCCCUAGUGGUGGUAUUUUGUUUGCUCUCCUUGUAUACUUUCAGCAGAGAUUUGGCAGUCGGUGCAUUCUUCCAAAGAGGUUCAGAGAAAGUACUGCUUAUGAGAAAGUACCGGUUAUUGGCAAUGACGAUUUAUGAUGCAUUGACUGCAUUUUGUAAAAUGAUUUUUAUCCCCGGACAUUUUUUAUUUAGUUUUUGAAGGCAUAAAUUGCAAUAGAAGGUAUAUACUGCAGGAUAUAGCAGUAGAGGAGGAUUUUGCCUAUAUAAAAGACCGUGUGCAACCUCCUUUCAGAGACACCUAAAGAUCAUCUUUUUCUUGCGGAAUUUUUUGAGAGAAAAACACAUGCUGAGCAGAUGAGAACUUUUUUUAUUAUUUCUGUUUAGAAUACAUAAGUUUUGACCAAAA